AUGCAUUUACAGAUAAAAACUGUCAUUCCGGUGAUUGAAGAAAAUAAGGUGUUUUCAUCACCUGAACCCAAGAUUGGACCAGUUAAUCUUAUAAAUACAUUUCUUGCAACUUCCAUCAAGCUCGACAAGAAAGCCGAAUCGAAUACAUCUUCAGCAGGGAUGAAUAAAAAGACAAAGAAUAUUAAAUACAUUGCUUGUGAUAUAGCAGAAGAAGCCCUCAAAACAUAUCAAACAAACGCAUUUCUGGAGAAAACAGAUCUCAAAUUAAGCUAUGGUGAAUUAGCGUCAAAAUCUUAUGAUAAACUUAAAGAGAUCUUAAAUAUUGCUGAACGCAGUGCCCUGAAGCUCGAUGGUAAAGGCUUCUUGAAAUCUUUAGGUACUGAACUAUUAGCUCAAGAAGAUGUUCUAUUUUUUACACUUCCUUCUGCCUCAAAAGACGAUAUUAAAAAUAUCAAAGUUUACAGUUUUCAAUCAAAUGGGUUCUGCCUUACCAUAUCUGUGUCAAAGUAUCUUUUCGAUAACACUAUAAUAAUGAUGGAUCUACAAGAUAUUGAGAUCUCAAAGACCGUAGAAGGGUUCUCAAAAGUAAUAAAGGCUGUGAAAAUCGUCUUAUCCUGA